CAGUUUGCAGAGAAAGCGUACGAACAUCACCUAUAAAUGAGAGCUGUCCUCCUCCCGGGCUCUGAAGAGCAGCCUGCAGCGUUCUGCUACCAGGUGAAUGGUUCUUGCCCCAGGACAGUUCACCCGCUGGCCAUCCAGGUCGUCAUCUAUCUGGCCUGUGCAGUAGGUGUGCUGAUCACAGUCCUGGGGAAUUUGUUCGUGGUGUUUGCAGUGUCCUACUUUAAAGUGCUCCACACCCCCACCAACUUCCUGCUGCUCUCCCUGGCCCUCGCGGACAUGUUGCUGGGUCUGCUGGUGCUGCCCCUGAGCACAGUCCGCUCUGUGGAGAGCUGCUGGUUCUUUGGAGACUUCCUGUGCCGUCUGCAUACCUACCUAGACACGCUGUUCUGCCUGACCUCCAUCUUCCACCUCUGUUUUAUUUCCAUUGACCGUCAUUGUGCUAUCUGUGACCCCCUGCUCUAUCCCUCCAAGUUCACAGUCAGGACAGCCCUCCGCUACAUCGUGGCAGGGUGGGGGAUACCAGCAGCCUACACUGCCUUCUUUCUCUACACAGAUGUGGUAGAGAGAGCACUCAGCCAGUGGCUAGAAGAGAUGCCUUGUGUGGGCAGCUGCCAACUGCUGUUCAAUAAGUUCUGGGGGUGGUUAAACUUCCCUGCGUUUUUUAUCCCCUGCCUCGUCAUGAUCAGCUUGUACCUGAAGAUCUUUGUGGUUGCUACCAGGCAGGCUCAGCGGAUCAGAACCCUGAGCCAAAGCUUGGCCGGGGCUGUCAAGCGGGAAAGAAAAGCUGCCAAGACACUGGGCAUUGCUGUGGGCAUCUACCUUGUGUGUUGGCUUCCCUUCACUGUUGACACGCUGGUGGACAGCCUCCUUAAUUUCAUCACCCCACCACUGGUCUUUGACAUCUUUAUCUGGUUUGCUUAUUUCAAUUCAGCCUGUAACCCCAUCAUCUACGUCUUCUCCUAUCGGUGGUUUAGGAAGGCGCUGAAACUCGUCCUGAGCAGAAAGAUCCUCUCACCACUGACAAUGACUGUUGAUUUGUACCAAGACUGAUGCUAACAGAAAGGAGGACAGUGAAAUAGCCAUAGGCUAUGGUGUUACCCUA